AUUUGUCUUUACAAAUGGGCGUCAAAUGUCAUUUCUGUGGAUCGAGCUAAAAAAAAAUAAAGAAAAGGGACAAGACGAAAUAGUACGGUGUUGUCUUUUAGUUCAUGAAAUUACUGUUGUAUGUACACGAGUUACGUGCUGAAUAACUGUGCAACUGCAACCCCUUGGACUCACAAAUUAAAUUGCGAUUUGGUUGGUGUUCAUUUGUGAAAAUUCUGGAAGCAGAUAAUAGAAAAUGAUGGUAGAAUCCGAUGGAACAGCCGAUGCAACACGUCGCCUUAACGUGAAGAAACAAACACUCGAUGAUGCCUAUGCGGUGCCAGCUAACUUUUUAGAAAUCGAUGUUGCUAAUCCGCUGACCACUAUGACGGCUGGCAAGAAACGCUACACCGACUAUGAAGUCCGUAUGAGGACAAACUUGCCAGUUUUUAAAGUGAAGGAAUCGAGUGUUCGACGAAGAUAUAGUGACUUUGAAUGGCUCAGAAACGAACUAGAACGAGACAGUAAGAUUGUAGUCCCUCCAUUACCGGGUAAAGCUUGGAAGCGCCAAAUGCCUUUCAGAGGGGACGAUGGUAUUUUCGACGAAAACUUUAUUGAGGAAAGACGAAAAGGCCUCGAGGCAUUUAUCAAUAAAAUUGCUGGACACCCAUUGGCCCAGAACGAAAGGUGCUUACACAUGUUCUUACAAGAGAAUACUAUCGACAAAAAUUACGUGCCGGGAAAAAUUCGGAAUACAUAAAUACUUGUAAACUAGCCACGGCUUGCUCUUCUUAUCUUCUCAACUAAAAACUAAACAAAACAAAACAAGACAUAAAUAUGUAUGUAGAAAGUAAAGGUCAUCCGUUUUCAAACUCUUUUAAGUACUUUGUUUCUAACAACUUUUCGUUUUUGAUAUCGAUAUCGAAACAGCUCGAUUACUGAAUCUUUCUUAACAGCAGGCAAAAGAUAACAAAAUUUUCUUACAAAUAUUCAAAAUUUAAAAAAUAAUUUUUUUUUUUGGAUAGUCUUGAAACAAAGGAAGACAUUUUGUAUAAAGUAAUUAUAAACAAAAAAAAAAAACAAAAUAUAUAUAAAUAAACAAAAUAAAUAUGAAAGUAUAAAUUUAAAUAUUUAAGUAUUAAUUUCUAAGAAGAGUGUAGACAAAAUUAAACAAGAAUUCUCAAUACCUAUAAUAUAAAAACAAAAAUUAUUUCCUUUCCCUUCUCCAAUUCUCUGUGGAGUGAAAUAAAGCAUGUGUUUUGAAUAAGAAAUGAUUUUCGUAAUUAGUUCCAAUAGUUUGGUAUGGACGCAUGUUCACAUUAUUAUUAUAUUGUAAAAUUUUAAAAUUUAAAUAAAUUUAUUAUGGUUUUUCCUUGA